GGUGGAGGACGGACGGGAGGAGGAGAGGAGAGAGCCCACCACCCGCGACCGCGACCGCGACCUAACCCGGAGACCUCCCUAGGCUAGCUCCCCUCCCAGACCCCAGGCUCUCCCACCCACCUUUCCCCUCUCCCUCCCUCCUCCCCGUCCCACGCCGCCGCACCCCCGCCUGGCUGCUUGGGUGGCAAUCGGCCGUAGAGGAGGAGGGUGUAGGAGCUUGAUCCGGGCCACCUGCCCCCUGCGCCGUCGGGAUGUACGUGCCGCCGCCGCCCACCGGCGGCGCCGGCGAGCAGCCUAGGGUUUACCAGGUCUGGCGGGGAAGCAACGAAUUCUUCUUGCAGGGAAGAUUCAUAUUUGGGCCUGAUGUGAGAUCUGUGUUUCUCACUAUGUUCCUCAUCAUCGCACCAGUGGUUGUCUUCUGUGUGUUCGUCGCAAGGCAUCUCAUAAAUGAUUUCCCCGAUAGCUGGGGAAUCUCAGUGAUGGUAGUAGUGGUUGUCUUCACUGUUUAUGAUUUGACGCUGCUUCUUUGUACCUCUGGUAGAGAUCCUGGUAUAAUACCUCGGAAUACUCAUCCUCCUGAACCUGAAUCCAUUGAUGGGAUCAAUGAUACAGGUGUUCAGACUCCACAACAAUUUCGUUUGCCUCGCACAAAGGAAGUUGUUGUAAAUGGGAUCAGUGUACGGGUAAAAUACUGUGAUACUUGCAUGUUGUACCGACCACCUCGAUGCUCACACUGUUCCAUUUGCAAUAACUGUGUGGAACGGUUUGAUCAUCACUGUCCAUGGGUCGGCCAGUGCAUAGGACUGCGUAAUUAUCGGUUCUUCUAUAUGUUUGUAUCCUCGACAACAUUGCUCUGCCUGUAUGUAUUUGCCUUCUGUUGGGUGUAUGUGAUCAAGAUUAGAGCAGCUGAGCACUUGUCAAUUUGGAAGGCCUUGUUGAAGACACCAGCAUCAAUUGUUCUGAUUAUCUACUGUUUUCUUUGUGUAUGGUUUGUGGGUGGUUUAUCUGUCUUCCAUUUGUACCUGAUGGGCACUAACCAGACAACAUACGAGAAUUUCAGGUAUCGCUAUGACCGGCGCGAUAAUCCAUAUAACAGAGGUACUCUGAACAAUUUUCUAGAGAUAUUCUGCACCGCUAUCCCCCCUUCGAAGAACAAUUUCCGGGCAAGGGUGACAGUAGAGCAAGGGCUGCAGCAAACACGCUCACAGUCUAGGGGUUUCAUGAGCCCCAGCAUGGGCAAGCCAACCAUCGGAGAGCUUGAGAUGGGCAGGAAGCCAGUAGUACCUUGGGACGAGCCAAGGACGGCAGCUGAUAUCAGGGACUUGGAAGCAGGGUUCGGGGGCAUGUUUGACGAGAAAGAGGGCAGAGUAGCCCACGCAUCCCCAGAUCUGAGCAGAGAUCUCCCAGCAGAGUUUGUGGAAGGGCGAACUGGCAUGCACUCGAGGCAGUCAAGUUGGGUUCAGAGAGGAGGCGAUGCGAGUGAAGCGUCGGCGCUGCAAAUGGCUACUGUCCAUACCGCCGAAGAUAGCAACCAUGUCCCCUGGAGUGGCACACGUUAGCCUGACAAAAAGGCGGGGGAAAAAAAAAAGGAGAGGAACUACGGUGUGUUUCGGUUGUGUCUCGAGGUGGGUGCUGGUGGCGAUGUCGUCUCGAAGUGAACUGCCAUGUGUUUAUUACCACGUGUGCCAGGGCAAGGCCCUGGAUCAUUUUGUAAUCCGAAACACAAGCUUGCUGCUGUAGUCUCAUCUCAUGCCUGGUAGAUCACCAGAUCCCUGCUGUGGUUGUUUUUUUUUUGUUUUUGGUUUGGCUUGUUUUGUUUUGCUUGUUUGUCUGUUUGGGUGUGUGUUUCAACAAAAUGAAGUAGCCGACGAGCCUAAGCUCCCGACAGGUCUGGAUAAUGUAUAUGUAUAUAACUAUAUUAUUAGCAGGUUGCGACG